AUGGCCUCCGUCACAUGUCUGGCUCUUCAGCCCGCUCUGGUCCUGGAUACAAAGACCUGUGAAUCCGUCGUCACUGAGAUCAAGAGAUGUGACUCCAACACCUCCUCGGAGAUGGUAUCCAACAUGCGAAAGAUCGACCCAGCCAAGGGACCCAGCUCGUUACAGUCGGGCCGGCGUGAAUCACAAAUAUCGACCUCUACCUCCAUCAGUCACUCUCGCUCAGCAUCCCGCAGUACCGUGCGAUCACGACCCAACAGCCGACGCAGCUCCCUCCACUCGGGGCGUCGAAUUGUGCACAAAGCCAGUAUCGUGCCCGUCGUAUCAGCUCGCAGUUCCCCGCUCGACAAGCGCGAGUCGCUACUUGCCCUCCACCGGGAGUCAUGUCGUUUGUUUCAAGGCGAUCUGUCGAACAGAUCAUCCGCCGAAAUCCAACCUUCUCUACAACGGACACCAUCCUCUGCCUAUCAAUCUCGGCUCGACCGCCGCACAUCGUCAGACAAGGAUCUCUCAGCACCCUCGUCCGCAGUCACACCUUCGUACUCGACCUUUCGCUUCGAGUCUGAGUCUACCUCGCCUAUCUCUAAAAGUACCUCGCAUCAUGUCUCAUCAAAAGAUCGAUCCAACCCCAUGGCUGCUAGCGGCCACAGCCCUUCAUCUUCAUCCAUCCACGUCCCGGCGACAGUAAUGGAAUGGACCUCACCCGAUACCCGGCGGCGCGAGUACGAGAAAAUCGAUCGGGCCAGUAGAGGUAUGCGCGGGCUAUGGCGCCGCGUCGCACCUCGCUGUUUCCAAACUCGCAACUCGCGCACUCCCUUCUUUGAAGAAGGCAAGCCCGACCGGGAAGGCAGCGUGCGUCGAUUCCGUAUGGAUCUCCCCGAAGACGAAGAGCCCGAACGGGAUUCUCCAACCAAGCCGCAAGCUCAGCUCUUGGAGUUCAUGAGCAAGACCUCCUCAAAUCCGAAUUCAACUUCCUCCGAUGGUGCUCGACGACGCUGGGCGUCUCUUCGUUCUAAGACCUCUUCUGCCUCUAAUACCUAG